AAUCAGUGAGCUGUCACAUUUCCGUUCGGAUCGGGUGAUUCUUGGAUUUUGCUCAUCUUUCCUACAAAUAAGCGUAAAAUAACAUAAAAAAUGGCCAAGAAGACUUACGAUUUAUUGUUCAAACUGCUCCUCAUCGGCGACUCCGGCGUGGGAAAAACUUGCAUUUUAUUUAGAUUUUCGGACAACCAUUUCACGACCACUUUUAUUUCCACUAUCGGUAUCGACUUCAAAAUAAAGACAGUGGAGCUGCGGGGCAAGAAGAUAAAGCUGCAGAUCUGGGACACGGCGGGGCAGGAGCGCUUCCACACGAUCACCACGUCGUACUACCGUGGUGCCAUGGGUAUCAUGCUGGUAUACGACAUCACCAAUGAAAAAACAUUUGAUGACAUCGUCAAGUGGCUCAGAAACAUAGACGAGCAUGCAAACGAGGAUGUGGAGAAGAUGAUACUCGGUAACAAAUGCGACAUGGAGGAGAAGCGGGUUGUCAGCAAGGAGCGUGGAGAGGCGAUAGCGCGCGAGCACAGCAUCCGCUUCAUGGAGACUUCGGCAAAAGCUAACAUCAACAUCGAGCGCGCCUUCUCCGAGCUGGCGGAGGCUAUCCUCGACAAAACGGCCGGCCGCGGCACUGACAGCGACGCCGCCCGCAUCGCAGUGGAGCGCCGGCCGUCGCGCGCGCCGCAGCAGCGCGCCUGCUGCACGUAGGCCGCCGGCACGAGGCCGCCGCCGGCCCCGCACCCCGGCACCCCGGGAGGCCGCGAGGCCGAGGGUGUUGAAGUGGCCGCGGACCGCGCACGCGGAUAGUUAUGAACGACAUUUUGGUGGCCCCAAAACUACAUCGCCGUUACUACAGUGGGUUCGUUCGAGGGACAGUACAAGUCUUAGGUUAUAAAUGUAUAGUUGUGACAUUUGUUUUCUGUAAUAAACAAUUUGGAACACUCCCGUUCCCGUGAAAAUCGAGCUUGAACACGAAAAUAAUGUCUACAAAUAUUUUUACCGGACACUUGUACAGUUCCUAAAAUGAGACCCGGAGACAAGCAAUUUAUUUUUAAAGGAUAAACAGUUUUGUAAACACUAUAGGCCACUUUAAAUUAGUAAGAAGUGCAGAGGGCGGUCAGACAGUAGCUUUCGAUAAUAUUUAUAUGUAACUGUAUAGGUAAUGCUUUGUUAUGUUAAAAGUAGGGAUGGCCAACCUAGUUCAAAUUUAAUAAAUUUAUUAUGUCCAUAUAAUUUUGGUGGCCGGUAAUGUUCACAUAUAUCUUUAAAACAAGAUUUAAAAGGUUGGGCAUCCCUACGUUAGAGCUUGCGUACAGCGAGUGGUCGUCUAGUCGCACUUCGGUGCCGGGCUUACUUGGAAGCGGUCGCUUGGUUUGGUGUUAGGUUUGUCAUAUUUUUAAAGUUAUAUAUGCAAAUGGUCUGAAAUAUGAAUUUUACUUAGAGCGACACAUUUAAAUGACUACUACCAAUAAAAAAUCUUAUCUAAAAGUCACGUUUGGAUAAUUUUUAUGCCUUAGGGUGGUGGAAUGUCCAAUAUUUGAUCAAAUGUGCAUCGCGUCUCACUCUCUCAUUAAGCAAAUUGUGAGACGCAAAUACAAAUUUGAUCAUAUAUUGGACAGGUGGGAUACCACCCUUCGGCGUGCAUAUAUAUCGUCAAUUAAGUGUGUUGGUGAAAAAAUCAAAAGCGUUUUUUUUUUGUCAAAAUACUGUCGUACUAGCUUGCGUUUUGUGCUUUAUUUUUUUGGGUUUGAGUUAGGUUGUCAAAAUAAAUGCACAUUUAUUUUAGUACUUAUAGUCCAAACACGCCGCUUUGUAAAGUAAAUGUCAUAAUAUUGUACGGUGUUAGACGGUUAAGAUAUUCUACAACAAGACGAUCUGUCUGUACAUAAUCACUGGAAAAUGCACUUUAUGUCAAUCGUUUAAGGUUCAUAUCGGAGGUGAAACGAUCGUAUAAGGAUAACACGCAUAUGUUUUAGAUUUUUCUAUGCUAUCAAUUAUUAGCCUUAAAUUCUACCUUAUUGUUGUGUAUACUAUGUGUAUGUCAAGCGAGAGAAUGUGAAUAUUGCUCGCGUUUUCGGCUACAUGGAUGUGCAGAUAAAAAUGGACCUUACGGACUGCUUCUUAAAGCCUUUUUUACCUGGACAGACACAUAAUGUUAAGAUUUAUUUGGUUAGUUAUUAAAGUAACGAAAAUGUGUAUAUUGUGCAAUAAAUAAUCACUAAUCAAUAGCUUGAAAGAUAUUGUAUCUUCAGAAAAUCAAUAUCACAACUAAAAAUAAUGCGUAGAUUUAUUUAAACUGCUUUGUAAGAAAAUAAAAAGAAUAUCUAGAAAAACGACUUGGUUUUACUAACUGGGCAAAUCGAGCCAAGAAUCUCGAAAAUUAAUACCAUUCUCAUUGACUUUUCUGAUUGGCUAAUAUUUUGAUUUCUGUUUGUUUUGGGUAUUCAGACAUGUGUAUAAUGUAAAAAAAGAAUCGUUUUAACCAAGUUUUGGAUCGGAUAAGCUUAUGUGGGUCAUUGUAACACGCAAAUAUUCAAUGACCUAUAAGUCUUAUUUCAUUGAUAUGAUGUUGAAAUGGUCAAAUACGUUUGGUGAUGUUAGUACGGGCAAGGAAUUUAUUUUCAGUACAGUUUCGUACUUUGUCACAGUGACAUUAGUAUGAGGUCCGUAUCGACUUUUAUAUUGAUUGUCACUGACAAAGUAAUAAAUGGUACCGAAAUUAAAUUCUAUUACUAAACUGUCUAUUUCUGAGCAAUUUUGUACCACUACAACUAUUUUAUAUAACACGCAAUAGUAAACUAUAUUAGAAUGAAUUAAGGUUAAUUUUAUACUGUAUCCUGUGUCAGCCAUGGCCGACUGUGACGGUCAAUAUCAAUAAUGUCAAUAAAAUGAUGAGAUUUCGUGUACGUUUUACUUAAUUUAUGUUAGUAUCGGACCAAGACUGGUCAUGCUUGUUACUUAAUGCAUUUUGCAAAGAAUUCGAAGUCAAACAUUUUUUAAAGUGGAAGACGCUAGACUGAAAUCAAUUAUUUUUACAACAGUAGAUACCUACGUAAAAAUAGACGUACCUUCUUAAAGUACCAACGUGGCGACGAUAAUAUUAAUAGCGACUCCUAUACAUGUACUUACAAUCGAUUUUACAUACGAAGAUACUUUUACUGACUAUUUUCAAGCUGUUUUAGCAAUGAGACUGGGAGAUGUUGACAUGGAACGAUUCAUGGAUAUAAUUAGGUACUCUAUGUACAUCGGUAGGAACCUAUUUAUUAAUGUCUAGUGUCUGGCCACUUAUAGAGCAACCGUAACAUAUCUCAGAAGCAAUACACUGCGCGUGAGUUAGCUUUAGAUCAGGGAUAACUGAGCGUCGGUACUGCUAUUUAAAAUUAUCUUAAUAUUAAUAAUCACUUAUUACAACGUCUUUACGUCAUCAUUUUGAAUGUCAAGGUUAUGACUGACAAUAUGCUUUAUAGCAUUGAUUUAUUAUGAACGUUAUUACCCGGCUGUAUAUUUAUCUUUCAAGAUUGUAUUGGUUUACGUAUACAUAGCAACGCUUUUUCAGACUACUUCUAUUAUAUUCCUGCACUAAAGGCUUUUAGAUCGGUCAGUAAUUUUAUAAGUUGAUACGGUCAGUCUGACAAGUCGUUUAUGGAAUUAUUAUGUAUAAAUUAAUUUCAAUUUGAUGUAAGGUUCAAAAUAGCGUAUUAUUUAAUUUGUCUUACCAUACCCCAACCUCGAAAUAUUCUGUCAACAGCAAAAGUAACACAAAUUAAGUGUAGAAAAUUCUGCACGCAGACUAUGAUUUUCGCUUAUAAAAUUAGGAAUGUUAUUUUGAGUUACUUUUGCAGUUAUACCGUUAAAAAUGCGUGUUAUACAUUGGGGUGAAGUGUCAAAUAUUUGAUUUUAUUUUCUAUCCUGCGAACUUUAUGUAACCAUUCAGAACUUUCAACUCAUAAAUCAUAAAUCAUAAAUCAUAAAUCAUUUAUUUUGCUUAAAACAUGGUACAAUAGAUGGUCAACAAUUAUAAGUGAAGCACACAUUUCACCAGUAGCUGGCAUGCAAAAUUUAUACCUACAAUUAUUUUAAACUAACAGAGUCAUAACAAAAAAAUAUAUAAUUAAUGGGAUCACAUAAAAAUAAUAAAAUACAUUAGUAAUAUUACACAUUAGUCACAAUACAUAAAACACAGUAGUACCUAAGGAUUAAUUUCAAUAAUUAAGAGAUUCGAAAAAUGUCAAGAAUAUAAAAGAACUUAAGACUACAUACCAAUCUAACAAUUAUAAUAAUCAAAAUAAUCACUGACACGAUAGAAGCAUUCGUCUAUUAACCAUUUUUUUAACCUAGAUUUAAAUAAAUUAAGUGGUAAUUCUUUAAUGUCAUCAUGUAAACGAUUAUAGAUACUAAUUGACAUACAUAGCGCAUUCUUGCCAUACAAUUUUGUUUUUUUGGGUGGAAUUAUAAGUCUAUCAGGGUACCUCGUGUUAAACUUACAUAUAUCUUUUUUUCUACUGAAAAAUUCCGGAUGAAGUUUCACAAAUAGACAAAUUUCAUAAAUAUAUAUGCCAGGUACAGUCAAAAGUUUCAAUUCCUUAAAAAGCGGCCUACAAGAUGUUAAAAUGUCUACAUUACAUAUAGAUCUUAUGCACUGUUUCUGAGCUAUUAGCACUUGCUCGGCAUGGCUCGAGUUACCCCACAGAAGAAUUCCGUACCUAAGCAGAGAACAAACGUAUCCAUGAUAUGCCUGUAUUGCAGUUUCUCUCGUGCUUAUCUUUGUCAGUUUCCAUAGAGCAAAUGCAAAUGAGUUAAUUUUACUACAUAAUUUUUUAAUGUGAUCGCUCCAGGAACAUUCAUCGUCCAGCCAUAUACCUAAAAAUUUUGUGCAACAUGAUUCUGUUAAGUUUUGAUUUUCGUACGAUACAGUUAACGAGUGUUUAUUAGCAUUUUUAUUAACAAAUUGUAUAUAAGUAGUUUUGUCAAUAUUGAUAUUUAAGUUAUUUCUACGUAACCAUGUUAUAACAUCAGUAACCGUAUUGUUAAUGUCAUUAUUAUAUGUGUUAACAUCAUGGCACGGUAUGACGAUGGCUAGAUCGUCAGCAAAAAGCGUACACGUAAAAACAGUUACAUUUGGUAGGUCAUUGACGUAUAAUAAGAAAAGAAGGGGUCCCAUGAUGCUCCCUUGUGGAACACCUACAUUGUUUACAUUAGUGGACGAUUUGUAUUGAACUGUGGUAUUGGAAGAGUCAAUUUGGGUUACUUCCACGAAUUGUGUCCUACCAUAUAAGUAUGUCUUGAGCCAAUCGUUAGGUACACCUCUUAUACCGUACAGUUCACAUUUAGCUAGAAGUGUUUCAUGGCAGACAAAAUCAAAGGCUCGGCUCAUGUCAAAGAAAAUUGCAGUUACAGGCAUGCUCGUGUUCAUAUAGCUGAGUAUGUUAUUUGACAAGGUGAAAGCAGCCAAAGUAGUCGAUUUCCCUUUCUGAAAACCAAACUGUUCAGUUUUAAUAAUAUUAAAUCUAUUUAGAAAAGAUGUUAAACGUAUAUGAAAAGCCUUUUCGAAAAUCUUAGAUAUUACUGGAAGCAGUGAAAUUGGCCUGUAGUUUUCAACACUUUCCUUGUUACCUUUUUUGUACAAUGGUUUAAUGAGAGAUAAUUUCAAAGGUUCCGGGAAAAUGCCACUCGAAAAAGAUAUAUUUACUAAAUAACUUAUAACUUCAGCAAUUUCUUUUUUACAGUCCUUGAUUAUUUUGGUUUGUAUUUCAUCAUAACCAGCAGAGUUAGUGGAGUUGAGAUUAGUGAUGAUUCUACAUAUUUCAUUUUCAUCUGUUGGCGUUAGGAACAGAUUGGCAUUACUUUUUUCUAUUAGAGAGAAAUCAGGUUUAAAGUUGUCAUUAUUAUUAGAAUUCGUUAGAUUAAUAUAAAAGUCGUUAAAAGAAUUGGCAAUAUCGAUAGGAUUAUUAAUUGUGUUAUUAUUAAUUACUAGUUUCUCGAUGUUACCGUCAAUUAUCUUAGUUGUAUUAGACACAUUUUUAAUAACAUCCCAAGUUGCCUUACCAAUGUUUUUGGAUCUACUUACAUGGUUUAUAUUUGCAUUUUUUUGAGCUUGGUGUAUGCAUCGUUUCAGAAUCUUAGAAUAAUUGUUGUACUUAGUUUUACUAUGCAUGUAACUAGUAUGGUUUUUGGAUUUUGAGUAAUAACUAAAACGUAAAUGCCUCUUUGUCACUACGGAUUUCUUGAUGCCUCUUGUAAACCAUACAGAUUUAGUAUUAAUAGUUGUUUUUAUUUUAUUCAAAGGGAAACACAAAUUGUAGAACAUGGUAAAAGUAGCAUGAAAUUCUUCGAAAGCCCCCGAUGCGUCAUUGUUAUUGUAUAUGUGAGACCAUGAUAAACUCGCAAGGCAGUUGCGGAAUUUUUUAAUGUUUUCAGUACUAUAAUCUCUUUUAUAACGGUAAAAAUAUAAGCGUGGUGUCUCUUUAUGUGCGACAAUAAAAGUCAGACUCUGUGCAGUUUCGUGAUCGGACAAACCUAACUCUAGAACAUUACUUUGAGCUUCGGGAAUAUUUGAUAGAAUCUGAUCGAGACAUGAUUCUUUGCGUGUAGGACAAAGAAUAUGAAUAUUAAAAUUACUAUUAGCAGUAAUUCUUUUUAGUUCAUUUGAGUAUUCUGUAGUCUGAAGCAAAUCUAUGUUAAAGUCUCCGGUAAUCACUGUUUUGUAUUUUGUUUUGUGUUUUAGUUUAUUUAUAAGCCGUUCCAAUUUUUGAAGAAAUUGUGAUGGAUUAGCUGAUGGGGUUCUGUAGACGCAAAUAACAAUACAUUUUAUUAGCGGUAUAUCUAUGCCACAACAUUCAAAUACAUAGUCCUCAGAGAACUCAUUUAGGAAAGGCACCUCUUGGGUUUGAAUUUGGUUUGCACAAAAUAUACAAGCACCCCCUCUUUUUUGAUGCGACCGAGAGUACGAUGAUCUAAGCUGGUCUAAACUAAUCGAAUAUAUACGUAAACUUAAAAUGCGCUCGAUAAAAAAUGCUAUUGAAAAUUUGACAUAUCGACUUCGGCCCACCGCACCAUAAGUCCUACUUUAUCGUACGGUGUAUGUGUCGUCGGUUUUUACAUGCUUUUAUAAAUAAACAUCAGCAUUGUAUAUUAUGUUCAUAUUAAACUACCUAUCGUAA